AUGUCCUCCAAUCAGAGCCAAACCCAAAGCCAAGGAGGCCAACGCCGGCCAAACUCAUCCAACCCGCGCCCGGGAAAUCUAAACUUUCCGCGAGUGCCGCGUGGCGCCGACCCUCCGCCGUUGCGCCCCACUCCCCGCCGGGCCACCGUCACCUCCGGUUCCACAGCCAGUGGCCCCACUAAUAGCCGACAGCGACAACAGCAGCAAGGGAAGACCCCACAGCAGUCCGGUUUGAUUACCAGUGGUGGCCCUGGUGCUCGGGGACGUGCAUCAACCAUCGGGUCACAGACGUCGAGUCUGGGGCAGAGAUCAAGUUCUUCCCAGUUUAACCGCGGGAAUAACGGCAACAACAAUAACUUGAACCGUGAACCCAAUUGGCCCUUCAACCGGAACAAUAACAACAGCAGUCGUGAUAGCAAUUGGCCCUUCGACCGGAGUAACAACAGUAAUAAUAACAAUAAUAAUAAUAAUAACCGAGGCAGCAAUUGGCCCUUCGAUCGCAACAACAACAGCAGUAACACCAACAACAAUCGUGACAGCACCUCCCACUUUAACCGCAACAACAGCCCCAACAACAAUAACAGCAAUAGCAACCGCUCCCGGAGACCAACUAACCCCAGCAGCAACUCAACCCAGCGCUCCCCUCGCAGCUCCUUCGCCCCUGGCACCCAACAAAGAACGGGCUCCCCAGUCGGAGUUGCUGUUCCAGCACCUCGCCCAGCACCCGACAGCGCAGCAACAAAGCAGCAAAUGAACCAGACCUUCGCCAUCACCAUGAUAUCGAGUCCCGUCAAUCCACUUCCCUUCCCGCUGCCUGUUCCGCUGGGCAUUGCGAUGUUGUUGAUGGGCAGUGCAAAUGGGAAUAAGCCUAGGGCUGCGGCGGCUGCGGCGUAG